AUGGCGAGCCACGAACAUUGCUGUGGAGGCAUGUUCUGGGCAUACAUAGUCUUAAGCAUCUGUUUGGUGGUAUUCGCUGGCAUCAUGUCGGGUCUCACGCUUGGCCUUAUGUCACUGGAACUUGUAGACUUAGAGGUUCUGAUGAAGUCUGGAUCCCUGCAAGAUCGCAAGCACGCCGAGAUAAUAUACCCUGUGGUUAAAGAGCAACACCUCUUGCUAUGCACGCUGCUAAUCUGUAAUGCUCUCGCAAUGGAGGCACUUCCGAUUUUCUUGGAUGCAGUCGUGAACGCUUGGAGUGCAGUCUUGAUUUCAGUCACUCUUAUCCUCCUAUUUGGAGAAAUACUGCCACAAGCCAUUUGCUCUCGUUAUGGCUUGGCAAUUGGCGCAAAGAUGACCCCGUUCGUCCGCGUUCUUGUCUGGAUAUGCUUUCCAAUCUCCUAUCCAAUAAGCAAGCUACUGGAUUCUGUUCUUGGAAAAGACCACGUUGCAUUGUUUCGUAGAGCAGAGCUCAAGACACUAGUCGGGCUUCAUGACAAAGAAGCUGGAAAAGGCGGAGAGCUAACUCACGAUGAGGCGACAAUCAUAACUGGAGCAUUAGAUUUGACAGAAAAAACAGCAGAAGACGCAAUGACUCCCAUCUCUAAAGCCUUCUGUGUCGACAUCAACGUAAAGCUUGACUUAGAGACGAUGAAGGCCAUUAUAGAUCGAGGACAUAGUCGAGUGCCGGUGUACUUUGAAAGACCAACUAAUAUAGUUGGUCUGAUACUGGUCAAGACCUUGCUUACAGUUCGUCCCGAAACUGCAACUCCACUUAUUAAUCUUACGAUCCGAAAGAUACCAAGGGUUGGAGAAAAGAUGCCGUUGUAUGACAUUUUAAACGAGUUUCAAAAAGGACAUAGCCACAUGGCAGUCGUUGUGAGGAACACGCGAUUAAAGCCCGAAAGCCUAAAAAAGAAACAUUCUCUGGACAGAAGACUCAGUAGUAGAAGAUUUAGUAAGAAAGGCUCGCAAGUGACUGAGAUCCAACAGGAAUUUUAUCCAGCCCCUGAUGGUGAGAGCACCCCUUGGAAGUCAAAAUCAGAACGAAAUGCCUCUGAGGACAUACUGGAUGUGUUGCCAUUGGUAAGUGUAAACGAUGACGAAGCUGUGGGGAUUAUCACGAUGGAAGAUGUUAUUGAAGAGCUCUUGCAGAUUGCGAGCCAGCUUAGCAUCACCACGAACACCAAGACAUAUAGUUCCUACUUCAAUCUCAGAGGCAGAAUCACUGAUGGUUCGGACCUCCAUGCAGACAGCCACUAG